GCUUUUGACAGAUUUUUGUUUUGGUUUUAAAAAUUCAAUCGUCUUUCAAAUUUCAACUAAAAUCCACUGAAAAAUGUCGAAUUUGCAGAAAAAUAUGCUAAAAUCGCGUCUUCCGCCGCUACCACCGAAGCUCGAAAGUAAUUUACGUAAAGGAGUCACAAGUCGCCAAAAAGACUACAAUCCGACGCAAUGGAAUCAGUAUUUCGAGGAAAGUCGAGACGUGGUCACUCCGCGUGGCACUUUCCGCUGCUAUUUGUCCAAAAAACCCCAAAAUCCGGGUCCCGUUGUCGUUUGUUUGCACGGCGGCGGCUAUUCGGCACUCAGUUGGUCUCAUUUCAGCAUCGAAAUAACCGAAAUGGUGCAUUGCACUUGCCUGGCAAUCGAUUUGCGGGGACACGGUGACACCCAAACCGACGACGACUCGGAUUUGUCGGCUGAAACAAUGUCACAGGACGUCGCUGGGGUGCUCAAAAGCUUGUAUGGCGACGAAAUGCCGCAAAUUAUCAUGAUUGGACACUCGAUGGGAGGCGCCAUUUGCGUUCAUGUCGCCGAAAUGGAGGAAUUAUCGACGCUCGUGGGUGUCGUUGUGAUUGACGUUGUCGAAGGAACUGCCAUGGAAGCACUUGCCAGCAUGCAAAGCUUCCUCCGAUCACGCCCGAGUCAUUUCAAAAGUAUCCAACAUGCGAUCGAAUGGAGUAUUCGCAGUGGGCAGAUCCGAAAUGUGCAGUCGGCGAAGGUUUCGAUGCCGGGUCAAAUCGUAAAUGUGGCAACGGGAAAACUCGCGACGAAUGAACUGCCUCUCGAUGCGUCGCGACAAAGCUCCGUCGAUGUUCCCGAGGAAAAAUCGUCGUUUUCAAGUCCGAUGGCGAUCCCAGAAGAUGCGGAAUUCGUGCCGGAAGAAAGUGCGGCGAGACCUUUUACGGCUCCCGUGUUGGAAGACCCCAAAAAGUACAAAUGGCGCAUCGAUUUGAGCAAAUCCGAGAAAUAUUGGCCCGGAUGGUUCGAGGGAUUGAGCAACAAGUUCCUGAAUUUGCGACCGGCAAAGUUGCUCCUGCUCGCGGGAAUUGAUAAUUUGGACAAAACACUGACUGUGGGACAGAUGCAGGGAAAAUUCCAGAUGCAAGUUCUGGCGAGAUGCGGGCAUGCGGUGCACGAAGACCUCCCGCAUGACGUGGCAGAAGUUGUGGGUUCCUUUAUGCUGCGAAAUCGGUUUUCGACAGAAGCUGGGGAAUUCAUUAGACGGAUGCCGGCGUGUUAGAAGGACUUUUUGCUCGAAUUUUAAAACUGAAACUUAUUUUUAACUCCAUUUGUAAUCCACACGAUGAACAUAUUUAUUGCGUAUGAAAUAAAAAUAA